AUGAAGAAUAAUUAUGUCAAAGAGAAUUUCUCAAGACCUCCUGACUACUUGGAUGGGACGCAGGAUGAAUUAAAGAGCAAAAUUAAGAUUCUAAUGAAUAAAUUGCAAAUCACUAAGAAAGAAAAAGAGAUUUUGACUAAAGAAAAUCAAAGUCUGCAACAAGAAAUAUUACAGAUGCAAUCGAAUCUUAGAUGCAUGGUUUCUGGGUUUGCAAAUACAAGCAUCACAUUUCCGAUGGCAAAUGAAUUAACCAACUCCAUUGCAGAAUUUUACAAAUGCGAAUGUUUUGACAUUUUUUUUGAUGUUCUUACUCAAGAAUUAAACAUGCAAGGAAUUGUCUAUUUUUUCUAAACUGCCAUGAUGAGAAUAGAUAAAAUAAUUAAUGAUUAUUUUUCACCCUUAUUCAAAAAUAUCAUUGACGUAAUUUUAUUUAUUGUAUCAAUUAAGGUUGGUUGUUUAAAUACUAUCGAAGGACCAAUCCUCAAUGUUUUGAGAAAGUCAUUUCAAAGUAAUUACAAAUAAAUUUAUGAGAAAUGUAUGCUUAAUCUAAGUAUUGUAAAAUAAGAUCUGCAAAAUACUCUAAAAUUAAAAAAUGUGGAUAUUAUUGAACAAUUUUUAAGUAUUACCUCAAUUUAAUACCGUUAGACAAGUUGUCAGAAAUUAUGUUUAACUGUUUCAUUAGUGAUCCUUCUCUAUAUUUCGAUAUUUAAUCUAUUGGACAAAGACAAUAAUUUAAUUAAACAAAAAAUGAUCCAAUUGAUGGAUUUCUAAAAAAUAAGGAGGAAUGCAUUAUCUUAAUGCCAGGAGUAUAUAAACAUUAGGAAUAAAUGGCUAAGUCUUUAGUACUUUCAUAUUCCUAUUAAUUAGAAAAUAACUGA